AUGCCUACUUCCCAGAUCUCCACUCCCCUCAACGGUGUCGACGCCGCCGUCGUCAUUGCCGCUCUCCACAACCACGACCUCAUGAUCAAGACCCUCUGCCCAGCACUCGUCAGCUACGCUUUCGAAUCCGGUGACAAGACUACUUGCGCUACCUACACCGUCACCGACAAGAAGCCCAUUGGCCAGACAACCUACAAGCUCACCCUCACCAACGUCUCCGAGGGCGUCGACUCCCUCGUCAACGCCAAACCCCCCGUUGGUGUCCUCACCAUCAGCGGCAAGUGGCGUGUGACCGGCGGCAAGCUCAGCGAGGAGAUUGACAUUGACGCCAACUUCAUGAUGAAGAAGGUGGCUAAGAACAAUGUUGAGAAGACGCACCCGGAGCAGCACAUGAAGCUCUUGGAAGCUGCUCAGGCUUAG